AUGGCUCAUGCUAAGAUCUCCAUGUAUCUACCUCCCAACAUCAAUCCUGCCCAGGCUGAAAUUGCCUAUGGCUGCCUAGCCCUGCCCAAGCUGAACAGAGAACUGCAAUCAGCCGUCCUGCUGACAAGACAGAAAGCCCUUGUGGCCCUAUGUGACCUCAUGCAUGACCCCGAGUAUGUCUACGAGGCCAUCCAGAUAGGUUGUCUGGAGAGCCUGAAGGGCUUGCUGAAGGAUGGUGAUGACCUGGUACGGAUAAAGACCACUGAGGUGCUCCACAUCAUAGCGACCCAUAGUGUGGGCAGAAUCAGCUUUUUAGAGCAUGACAUCAUCUUUGCCCUGUCCUUCCUGCUGAGUGACCCCAACAACCGCUGCCGGGAGAACAUGCACCUUGCCUUCAAACACCUGUCUCAACUGCCCGCAGGGGCCCAGGGUAUUGUCAACUGUGGCCUGAUCCCUGCACUGGUAUGGAAGCUGCAGAGGGAGGAGGAAAAUAUUCAGGAGCUCAUCUUGGACACACUGGCAAUCUGCCUGCAGGAAGAUGCCACAGAGGCACUGGGCAGCCGCGCUGUACCCUGCUUCAAAGAGAAACUCCUUAGUCCUAAUGAGAACAUCCGAAGCAAGGCUGCUGAAGCACUCAUGGCCAUCAGCAUCCCUUUGGAGGGCAAGAACCAGGUGUGGAAGUAUGAUGUCAUCCCCAUCCUGGUGCAUCGGCUAAAAGACAUCAGCAUGGAGGUGAGAGCCAACGCUGCAGGGGCCUUGAUGUAUGCUACAGUGACCACAGAAGGGAAGUAUGCAGCACUGGACGCGGAUGCUAUCCCCCCACUUCUGGAGCUGCUGGACCCAGAACUUAGCACCAAAGUGCGCCUGAAUGCCACCAAGGCCCUCACCAUGCUGGCGGAGGCCCCCGAGGGCCGAAAGUUACUACAGGUUCAUGUACCAGUCUUCCGUGCGCUUGAGACAGAGAAGAAUGAGAACAUACAGUGGGCAGCCAGUAUUGCCCUCGAUGUGAUUGAGUGGAAACCCUGA